UAGGCAGGGCUCAUAGCAGAGCAGCUUUGGAUUGCAAGUGCGCGCGCGAAUUUCAUUAAGACGUUUAGCGUCGCGGGCGGCAGCAUGGUGCGUAUGUUUAAGCGGUUGGGGAGCAUCGCGAGGCAGCUCUUCGAAAAGAACACACCAAAAACAGUGUGGUCUACAUGACGCAUUCGAUAAGAGAAUUUCAUUGUAGGUUUUUCGAAAACUGGGAAUCAGUCGUCGAUCGGAGCGCGUCGCGAGUAGAACGUUUUCGAUGUGCGGAAAGUGUUAAUUCCAGUGAUGUUUUUUGUCUUCCAUAACAGGAAAGAAGUUAAUAUUGGCUUAAGUCAAGGUGUGUCCCGGUUGGUGAUGUUACUGCAAUCAGGGAACAAAACGAAGUGUAACAAAGCGAAGUAAUUAGCAUCAUUUGUAUAUCAUUUGGCAGUGAAGAUCAAUAGUUUUUAAAGAUGUUGUUACCGAUGCUGCUGUUGCUUCAGCUGUUCCUGAAAGAAUCCUGUGGACAGGAAAAUGUUUUAGAAAUGCUUUUCGCUGAAACGAGCAUAUUGCUGCGAAAUGGUACAGUUAAGCGCAUUCCCGAUACCAAACAUUUUAUGAAGGAGUACGACUUCAUCGUCAUUGGAGCCGGUUCAGCCGGAUCGGUGAUAGCCAAUCGCCUGUCAGAGGUCAAGGGGUGGAACGUCCUUCUGCUGGAGGCUGGAAAGGAUGAAAACAUGCUGACCGAUGUUCCCUUGACUGCGGGUUUGACAACCGUUACCGGUUACAAUUGGGGUUACAAGGCGGACCCAAUGAAAGGCGCCUGUCUUGGGUUACGCGGCGGUGUAUGCAGUUGGCCUAAAGGGCGUGGCUUGGGUGGAACUAGUUUAAUAAAUUUUCUCAUAUACACCCGUGGACACCCACGGGACUACGAUGAUUGGGAGAGAGCUGGAAAUUUUGGCUGGAGUUAUCGGGAAGUGCUGCCGUACUUUAAAAAAUCCGAAAGGGUUCAAAUCAGAAAACUGAAACGAUCGCCAUAUCAUUCAGGAAACGGUUAUCUAGAUGUUGAAUUCUCGUCGUUCGAAACGCCCAUGUUGCGAUCCUUCAUAGAAACCGGAAAACAGAUGGGUUACGAGGAAACCGAUCCCAACGGUGAGAUUAUGAUGGGAUUUUCGAAAGCCCAGGCCACCAUGCGUAACGGGAGAAGAUGUAGCGCGGCGAAAGCGUUUCUGCGGCCUGUAGCAAACAGACCUAAUUUGCACAUUUCAGUGAACUCUCGAGUAACGCGGAUUUUGAUUGAUCCCAGUACUAAGGUUGCAUAUGGAGUCGAGUUUUUGAAAAACAAAAGACGAUACGCGGUGAAAGUUGGUAAAGAGGUGGUUUUAUCAGCAGGCUCCAUAGCAUCGCCCCAGUUGUUGAUGCUGUCCGGUGUUGGUCCUAGGGAACAUCUUGAAGAAGUUGGAAUUCCGGUCAUUCAAGAUCUCAGAGUGGGCUACAAUCUUCAGGAUCAUGUGACUCUGCCGGGAUUAGUUUUCACCGUGAAUCAGCCCGUGUCUAUUCGGGAGCGUGACAUGCGAUCACCUCCGAUUAUCUUCGAUUAUUUGCUGAACGGGAAAGGUCCAUUCACCAUUCCGGGAGGGGCCGAAGGGUUAGCAUUCGUGAAAACUAACAUUAGUUUUUUGCCUCCGGACUAUCCCGAUGUCGAAGUGGUACUGGGAACAGGAGCUUACAAUAAUGACGAUUCCGGCUCGUUGAGGACGGCGUUCGGAAUAACCGAUGAGUUUUAUCGAAAGACAUACGGCACAAUAAUUGGAAAGCAUGCUUUCGCUGUUUCGCCUGUGUUGAUGAGGCCCAAAAGUAGAGGUAGAAUUAUGCUAAAGAGUAGAAAUCCUUUCCAUUGGCCACGAAUGCAAGGAAACUACUAUGAAAACUAUGACGAUUUGGUUGUGCUACGAGAAGGAGUUAAACUGUCCGUGCAAAUAGCGGAAUCAUCGAAGUUCGCCCGGUUUGGAGCGAAACUUCAUGACCAGCCAUUUUUCGGAUGUGAGCAAUAUCGAUUUCGUAGCGAUGAAUACUGGGAAUGCUGCAUCAGGAGAAUCGGUACAAGUUUACAACAUCAGUCCGGAACUUGUAAAAUGGGUCCUGCAUCCGAUCCGACGGCGGUGGUGAAUCCAGAACUUCUAGUAUACGGUAUCCGAGGUAUUCGAGUCGCUGAUUGCUCCAUCAUACCUGUGAUUCCAGCCUCACAUACCAAUGCAGUUGCUUUUAUGAUAGGCGAAAAGGCUGCCGAUAUGAUCAAAGAGUAUUGGUUUAAUGAGUUGCGAUAAAAUUCUGUAGCGUAGGAUCAAAUAGGUUUAAGCUAAUCGACUGUACAGUUUUGGUUUAUGAAAUAGGCGCUACCUUUCGUUGAAGCAGUGAGAACGAUGUAUCGCUUUAACUUGCAUUUGAAUUUUCAGCGUCUUCAAAAAUGCAGUUAUUAAAUUAUCAAAUCAUCGGAGUAGAAGCGAUACGUCGUAGUUACAGCUCAUAAAAAUCGGUAUGCCUAGAAAGCGUAUUGAAUGUUGAAUUGAGUAUGUUAUAAGCAUUAAAUUCUAGUCAAAUACUGCCAUCGUAUACACGUUUAAACGUUGCAAGGUCAAAUGGAUUUCAUUUGAUCAAUUGAUUGCGUGUAUUUAGGCGGGAUAUAACAUUUGUAAAACAAAGUUUCAAAGUCUUACUGUUAUUACGUUAAUGUUCUUAAUUCUCAUAAAUAUUAUCUACAGCAGCAAGUAUUAAAUCAAGCAUUGAAAAGCCAACUCGCUUCUUACUAAGCUAUCUCAGCUCCUUUUAUGAACCUUUGUUUUUCCCACAAGGUUAUAUUUGUUUACUUCAGGAACGUAGAAACUGUUGCAAGCACUCACAGUGCUGAAUAGAGGAUAGGAAUAAAAAACAACGUGAGACUGUUUAGUGUAAACACAUCGAACCAGUGGGGAAUGUAUUUUUUUUCGGCAUCCGAUCCAUUCCCGUGGCCAAUGAUUGCGUGUUGGUAUUUUCUUUUGGACCGGUCCGACGAAAAUCUUUCGAAAAUCGUUUGUUUUGGAUUUUUAUACACACCAUGCGUACCUGCUUUCU